CAGCGAGCAAUCGCAAAACAAAAAUGAAGUGCUUGUCAAAAUCGUUUAUCAUCCCAUCAUAAUUCCUGAAUUAAUUUUCACCAUUAAAAUUCUUUUCAUUCAAUUCACCAAGCCAGACCAAACAAUUAUCAAUUUCGUUAAAAAAAAAACCUGCAAAGAUGUUUUCGUUUAACAUGUUUCCUGAUAUUCCAAGGCCGUUCAACACUCAAUACAAAUGUUUUUCGGUAUCGAUGUUCCCAGGGAAUGAACGCCAGGAUGUAGAACGAGGAGGAAAAAUUAUAAUGCCACCUUCAGCGCUGGAGCAAUUAACAAGAUUAAAUAUUGUCUACCCUAUGCUAUUUAAAUUAACCAACAAGAAGACAAACCGAGUGACCCACUGUGGAGUGUUGGAAUUUGUUGCAGACGAGGGCAAAGUUUAUUUACCUUAUUGGAUGAUGCACAAUUUAUUAUUAGAAGAAAGUGAGAUAAUAAACAUCGAGAGUGUCUCGUUGCCAGUCGCGACAUUUUCUCGAUUCCAACCACAAUCAGAGGAUUUUCUCGACAUAACAAAUCCUAAAGCUGUCCUGGAGAAUGGGCUGCGUAGCUUCGCUUGUUUGACCACAGGUGAUAUAAUUGCCAUUCAAUACAAUCAGCGAAUCUACGAGAUGUGUGUCCUGGAGACACGACCAGGUCCAGCAGUGAGCAUUAUCGAAUGUGAUAUGAACGUGGAAUUCGCCCCACCAGUGGGAUACAAGGAACCUGUUCGAGAAUUCAAGAAGGAAGAGGAGAGUAUUGACCCGGAGAAUAUGAUGCCAGAGGCCACUGGCUUCAUCGCCUUCAAGGGACAGGGCAAUCGGUUGGAUGGCAAGAAGAGAAAAGACUAUGGACCUUCAGAAAUCGAUACCCAUAAGCCCAUUUAUGUAAGAGGUAUUCCGGAUUAUGAUUACAAAAUUGGGAUAAUCAAGUUUCUUCGAAAUGUCAAGCCAGUCAGUGUCAAAGAGGAGAAAAUUAAUGAGGAGUUCAAGGCAUUCACAGGCAAAGGCUUUUCCCUUCGAGCCUCAAAAAAAUAGAUAACCCCAUGAUGUUCAGUUCUAUAAAAUCGUAGAAACAUUUAUUGUAUAAGAAAAACCAUAAAUUUGAUAUAUAAAAAAUAUCUUAUCACUACCUUAUCAUAAUUAUGUAAAGAGUACGUGAAAGUGAUUUGUAAAAUUCGAGAUUAAUGGUAGGAUACUGUGAAUUAUUAAAUCUCACUCAAACUUGAAAAUAUGAA